UCGUCGAUCUGAUCGAUCCGAGAACAUUCGAAUAUUCGAAAGCAAUGAUAACCAAAAGCACGUUUGACUGGAAUCUUCAGUUCAUCUGGAAAUAUUUUCCAUGGGAGUACUGGGAUAUUCCUGAAAAUAAUGUCAAACCGUUCCAGUCAGCAGUAAUGUCGGGUGGUUUGUUGGCAAUCUCUCGAAAGUAUUUUCAUGAUAUGGGCGAGUACGAUACAGGGAUGGAAAUCUGGGGAGCGGAAAAUAUCGAAAUGUCUAUUCGGGUUCGUUAGGU